UGGGACUCUAGGGUUGCAGGUGUAUUUGCGGUCACUGUCGCCGCUAGACCUCGGCGUCCUUCGCCCCUCCUCUUUCAUUUUCUGCCGUUGAUUCCCGCGGGGUCCUCCUUGGCGCCUGUUUUGGCCGCAGCGACGUCCGGGGUGAUGUGGACCGCGGAGCGGGCAGUUCUGCGGGGCUUCCCCACGGAGGCUGAGCGGCGGCAGUGGAAGCAGGAGGGCGUCGCCGGCCCAGAGAGUGGAUCUUUCCUACAAUUGCUGCUGGAGGGGAACUAUGAGGCCAUAUUCUUAAGUUCAGUGACUCAAAAUAUUUUUAAUUCAGCAAUGGCUGAAGAAAGGAUUGACAGCUACCUGGAGAAGCAGAUAGUAACAUUCCUGGAUCACUCAGCAGAUUUGGAUAAAACAGAAAGACAACAGCUGAUAUUCCUACUUGGUGUGAGCAGUCUGCAGCUUUUCGUUCAGAGUAACUGGACGGGGCCUCCUGUCAACUUACACCCGCAGGAUUUUUUGCCAUCUAUUUUGUUUGAGCAAUUCAGUGAGAUCAAAGAGCUGGAUGCAGCAGUUCUGAGCCUGCUCAUUCUGGAUGGUGAAUCAAUUUACAGCCUGACUGUGAAGCCGCUGCUGCUGCUGUUAGCGCGCGUGAUCCUGGUGAACGUGAAACAGAGGCUGACAGCUAUUCAGAGCCUGCCGUGGUGGACGCUACGCUGUGUGCACAUUCACCAGCAGCUGCUGGAGGAGCGCUCGCCCCAGCUUCUCACAGUCGCCGGACUCUGCGCUGAUGAAGUGUUGAAACUAGAGAGUCUGUUUGCUGGUGAUUCAGGUCGAUAUUUGGCUAUUCAAUUCCAUCUGGAAUGUGCACAUAUGUUUUUGUAUUAUUAUGAGUAUAAAAAGGCAGAAGAUCAGUUCAGUAUUGCUAAGGACAUUAGCAAAUUACAAAUUGAUUUGACAGGUGCUUUGGGAAAAAGGACACGAUUCCAGGAAAAUUAUGUGGCACAACUGAUCGUGGAUGUAAAAAGGGAGGAAGACGUCCUUUCACAUUCUGAUUUCAGUCCAGCACCCACUGCUCAGAAGCCGUUAAUUAAGAAUCUUGAGCUCAAUGAUGAUACUGUUCUAGAUGAGAUCAAGUUAGCUGAUUGCGAGCAGUUCCAGAUGCCUGACCUAUGUGCUGAAGAACUUGCUGUCAUCCUUGGGGUCUGCACAAAUUUUCAAAAGAAUAACCCAGUGCAUAAAUUAACUGAAGAGGAGCUGCUGGCGUUUACAUCAUGUCUGCUUUCACAACCGAAGUUCUGGGCCAUUCAGACAUCAGCCUUGAUCCUCCGGACAAAACUUGAACGAGGAAGUAUACGCCGGGUGGAACGGGCCAUGAGACAGACACAGGCUCUUGCAGACCAGUUUGAAGAUAAAACCACAUCUGUGCUGGAACGUCUGAAGGUUUUUUACUGCUGUCAAGUACCGCCUCACUGGGCCAUUCAGCGCCAGCUUGCAAGUUUGCUCUUUGAGUUGGGAUGUACCAGUUCAGCCCUCCAGAUAUUUGAGAAGCUGGAAAUGUGGGAAGAUGUUGUCAUUUGCCAUGAAAGGGCCGGGCAGCAUGGGAAGGCAGAAGAAAUCCUCAGGCAAGAGCUGAAGAAAAAAGAAACACCAAGCUUGUACUGUUUACUGGGCGAUGUCCUCGGGGACCACGCUUGCUACGACAAGGCCUGGGAGCUGUCCCGACACCGCAGCGCACGGGCACAGCGCUGCAAAGCCCUGCUGCACCUCCGGAACAAGGAGCUUCGGGAGUGUGUGCAGUGCUUCGAGCGCUCAGUGCAGAUCAACCCCAUGCAGCUCGGCGUGUGGUUUUCUCUUGGCUGCGCCUAUUUGGCCCUGGAAGACUACGGAGGCUCAGCCAGGGCGUUCCAGCGCUGCGUGACCCUGGAACCCGACAAUGCUGAGGCUUGGAACAAUUUAUCAACUUCCUAUAUCCGAUUAAAACAAAAAGUAAAAGCUUUUAGAACUUUACAAGAAGCUCUCAAGUGUAACUAUGAACACUGGCAAAUUUGGGAAAACUACAUCCUCACCAGCACUGACGUUGGGGAAUUUUCAGAAGCCAUUAAAGCUUAUCAUCGGCUCUUGGAUUUACGAGACAAAUACAAGGAUGUUCAGGUCCUUAAAAUUCUGGUCAGAGCAGUGACUGACGGGAUGGCCGACCGGAGUGGAGAUGUCGCAGCCAGCCUCAAAGGAAAGCUGCAGGAGCUACUGGGCAGAGUGACCUCAAGGGUGACGAAUGACGGAGAAAUCUGGAGGCUGUAUGCCCAGGUCCAUGGAAACGGGCAGAGCGCGCAGCCCGAUGACAACGAGAAGGCAUUCCAGUGUCUCUCAAAGGCAUACAAGUGUGACACACAGUCCAAUUUUUGGGAGAAAGAUAUUACAUCAUUUAAGGAAGUUGUUCAAAGAGCCUUAGGACUUGCACAAGUGGCUAUAAAAUGCAGUAAAAACAAAUCCAGUCCCCAAGAAGCUGUGCAAAUGCUUUCCUCCGUCCGACUCCAUUUACGGGGCUUGUUAUCUAAAGCAAAGCAACUUUUUAUAGAUGUGGCAAGUGGAGAAAUUUCUGGGGAACUGACUGAUGAAAUAGCCGCAAUGGACACCUUAGUGCUGGACCUUCAGGAUCUGAGCAACCGAUUUCGAAAUCAGUAUUGAUCAUCCCGGAAGCAGCUUCUGGAAAGGGUGUUUUCACCUUCUGGUGAAAGACACUCCUGUGUAUCUGAAGCACAAGAUCUUGAUUUUUAAAAUAAAUUUGUUUUUUGGCUAGCA